AGCGCUUGUUUACGCGAGACAGAUGGUAGACAUCUGUGCUAAUUAGUUAUCUAGCAUGCUCAGAACAUUGUGUGUAAGCGCACAUGGGGAUGAAGUGUAGUUCCUACCCAGUUCCUCCUCACACACAGCUUAUGGAUUUGUACCAAACUGCUACAGCUUUCAAGGAUAUGCUGUAUGCGGCCCAGGACCAGGCCCCAUCCAUAGAAGUCACAGAUGAAGACACUGUCAAGAGAUACUACGCCAAGUUUGAGGAGAAGUUUUUUCAGAAUUGUGAGAAGGAGCUUUUGAAGAUCAACACAUUUUAUUCAGAGAAACUUGCGGAAGCCCAGAGGCGUUUUGCCACCCUGCAGAAUGAGCUGCAGUCGUCUCUGGAUGCGCAGCGUGAGAGCAAUGCGCCAGGUCUGCGGAAACGCAAGACGGUGUUCCACCUGUCCCAGGAGGAACGCUGCAAACACCGCAACAUCAAGGACCUACAGCUGGCCUUCUCCGAGUUCUACCUCAGCCUCAUCCUACUGCAGAACUACCAGAAUCUGAACUUCACAGGCUUCCGUAAGAUCCUGAAGAAGCAUGAUAAGAUCCUGGAGACUCCCCGUGGGGCUGACUGGCGCGUGGCCCACGUGGAGGUGGCCCCCUUCUACACCUGUAAGAAGAUCACCCAGCUCAUUUCUGAGACUGAGGCUGUGGUGACCACAGAGCUGGAGGGAGGGGACCGUCAGAAGGCAAUGAAGAGGCUGAGAGUGCCUCCACUGGGGGCAGCACAGCCUGCUCUAGCCUGGACUACCUUCCGCGUUGGCCUCUACUGUGGGGUCUUCAUCGUCCUCUCUAUCUCCUUCAUCCUCAGUGGUGCUGUACUCAUCCGGUAUGAGAACGUGUGGCCUCUGGUGCGUAUCUACCGUGGUGGCUUCCUGCUGAUCGAGUUCCUCUUCCUGUUGGGCAUUAACACGUACGGCUGGCGCCAGGCGGGGGUAAACCACGUGCUCAUCUUUGAGCUGAACCCUCGCAGCAACCUCUCCCACCAGCACCUGUUUGAGAUUGCAGGGUUCCUGGGGGUGCUGUGGUGUAUGAGCAUCCUGUCCUGUCUGUACUCUGAGUACACCAUGCUGCCCAUGCAGGUCAACCCCCUCAUCCUCUACGGCUUCAUGCUCCUUUUCCUCAUCAACCCCUUCAAGACUGGCUACUACAAGUCCCGCUUCUGGCUGCUCAAACUGCUGUUCCGUGUGUUCACGGCGCCGUUCCAUCGCGUGGAGUUUGCAGACUUCUGGCUGGCCGACCAGCUCAACUCUCUGGUGAUUGUACUGAUGGACCUGGAGUAUCUCAUCUGCUUCUACAGCUUUGAGCUCAAAUGGACCGACCGCAAAGGCCUCCUGCCCAUGUUCAACAGUGAUUACACAUGCCACAGUUACUCCUACGGUCUACGUGCCAUCAUCCAGUGUCUGCCCGCUUGGUUCCGUUUCGUGCAGUGCCUCCGUCGGUACCGAGACACCAAGCGAGCUUUCCCUCACCUGGUCAACGCUGGCAAAUACUCCACCACCUUCUUUGUGGUCACCUUCGCUGCACUCUACAGCACCCACAAAGAACAAAAGCAUUCCGAUGCAGACAUGUUCUUCUACCUGCUGAUGGUGUUCUCAGCCGUCAGCUCCCUGUACACACUGAUCUGGGACCUGAAGAUGGACUGGGGCCUGUUUGACCGUGGAGCAGGGGAGAACACCUUCCUUAGGGAGGAGAUUGUCUACCCACAGAAAGCAUACUACUACUGUGCCAUCAUAGAGGACGUGAUCCUGCGUUUUGCCUGGACCAUCCAGAUCUCCCUCACCACCAUGACCAACAUCCCCUCUGUGGGAGACAUCGUGGCCACCGUUCUGGCUCCUCUAGAGGUGUUCAGGCGUUUUGUCUGGAACUUCUUCCGUCUGGAGAAUGAGCACCUGAAUAACUGUGGUGAGUUCCGUGCCGUGAGGGACAUCUCGGUGGCUCCGCUGAACGCUGACGACCAGACGCUGCUGGAGCAGAUGAUGGACCAGGAGGACGGAGUCAGGAACCGUCAGGGCAAGAAGAGCUGGAAACGCAGCUACAGCCUGUCCCUGCGGCGCCCCCUGCUGUCCUCUCAAUCAUCCAAGAAGGACACCAAGGUGUUGAUUGAGGACACGGAUGAUGAGGCCUUCAGCUGAGCCCAAAGCACCAGCUCUACAACCCCAGUGAUCACUCCAUCACAGAGCUGCCUCACACACACACCACACACACACACACACACACACACACACACACACAUACACACACACACACAUACACACACACACACACACCACACACACACACACAUACACACACAUGCACAGGCAGACACAGAUAGACACACAGGCAGACACAGGUAGACACGCAGGCAGACACAGGUAGACAGACAGGCAAACACAGGUAGACAUGCAGGCAGACACAGGUAGACACACAGGCAGACACAGGUAGACACACAGGUAGACACACAGGCAGACACAGGUAGACACGCAGGCAGACACAGGUAGACACGCAGGCAGACACAGGUAGACACACAGGCAGACACAGGUAGACACGCAGGCAGACACAGAUAAACACGCAGGCAGACACAGGCAGACACAGGUAGACACACAGGUAGACACGCAGGCAGACACAGGUAGACACACAGGCAGACACAGGUAGACACGCAGGCAGACACAGGUAGACACGCAGGCAGACACAGGUAGACACGCAGGCAGACACAAACAUACACACUAAUACAUAUAGACAUACAAAGAAACACACAAUAAUUCAGUGACACACAAACAGAUUAAUUUAUUCAAGCACAAUCUCAGUAUAUGAUAUUGGUAUAGAUGAGAUGGGAUUACACACACACACACACACACACACACACACACACACACACACACACACACACAGUUUUGAGUUCUUCAGACAAAGAGGGAUACACACAAGAACAUAUUUGGAAAACCCACCAAGCACUGGGAUUUUCCUAUGAGUACUUACAUUUUUUAACAGACUUUAUGUUGAUACUUUUUGGUUUGUAUAUUUGUUUUUGUAGUUCUUUGCCAUUUUUGGAGAUGUAUUAGAGAACAAACGACUGUUUACAUGCAUUUAUUAUAUUAGGAUGAACAGGGAGAAGAAAUAUUUAUCAAAAAGACUAAUAAUAAUAACAAGCCUGAGCAUGGACUCUGGAUCGCAACAUUUACCACAGCAUAUCAACAACAUCAACUGGUUUCAACCUGUUGCUUCUUUUUCUACUCCACUUACUGGGUUGAUUUUGUUUAUUGAGUUGUAAUAAUAAAGUCAGUGUAAAACCCUGGCGGCACUUGCAGGAAAAGUGCAUUUAAUACAAACAAACAAAAACAACUUGUACAAAAAUAUAAUUUAAACAUAUUUUAGUCUGUGAAAGUUGCUUUGUAUAUUUGUUCAUGUGCACUAUUAUGUACUCCAUGUAUUAUUUAGAAGAAUGAGAAUAGCUCAAGCAUCUGUGCAAUGAUAUGUAUGUGUUUCUCAAUGGUGGGAAUGUUGAAUUAGACUUGUGCCAUGUUUUCUAAAAGCUACUGUUUCCUUAGAAGACUAAGAACACUUCAGGUGGCUCAUUCUCCCUCUCAUAUAAACUUUUCCCACAGAUCAGUUAGCCAGCCCAUGUUACAACUUCAACGUUUUGCAAAAACAAACAAGUCAAUUAUCUAAUUGGCUUAGUUCAAGUGCCCUACAUGUUCAUAACUGUACUUAGCUUUUCUGCUAAAGCUUUAUUUGAAUGGAUGUUGUCCACUGGCGUAGCAUCAAUCAUCUAGCUAGCCUGAGAAGAAUAGUCUGUUUGUUCUACUGAGAUGUCUGAGAGUCUCGUGCAUUUCUCUACCCUUUUAAGAAUACUAUCCCAUUCUCUCUUUUUAUUGCUCAACAACUAAAACAGCACUGUGACCAUUUUCGAUUUCAGUGUUUUCUACUGAUUAUGUGGGGCACUUUGUAUUUUCUCUGUUGUUCUACUUUCUCAGAAGCAGUGGAGCGAGAUCAGCUGACAGUGAUCAGGGUUUUCCACUGGGGUUCCUCUGACUGUAAUAUCGCCAAGUCGAUCAUGUGGCAUCUUCACAGGAUAUUGAUUUCAUCUGCUGAGAUGGGUUUUCCAUGGGAGGGAUGCCCUGGCUAAACAGGAGAUCCUCAUCUGUCAUGUCUGCUAGCACUUUCACUAUCCAAAUAACAGUCCACACCCUGAUCUGCCAUUCUUCCUCUGACAUAUCUACGAACUUUACAACAAAGCUACUGCAUCACCUCUUUUGAAUGUAGAAUGCAUGCGUCAUGUACAGUAUCAUAGGCCCUGGGACUUUGCCUGUGUCAGGGUUUUUGGUGGUAGGGUUUGUCAGGCCUGUUGACUAGAAAAGGGACCAAGUGAGCGAGUCGUAUACCUGCUGUGUCAAGUGAUCUUUAAUCCUGGAAAGACUAUGCUGUGAAACAGUAGUUCUCAGAUAAGAUAGCCGUGAUUAAAUAGGCCCGUCCUCCUUGGGUUGUAGGGCCUGCAGUAUUUACUCUGUUGUUUAGGACUGGGUUAGCUCACAGUUUCAAGUCUCAGUGCCCAAAAAUGAUGUUGAAGGUGAAGUUGAUUUAUCAAUGAUCAACUCAUUCUACAGUACAUGUCUGUUUCUCAUGCUUUUAUGGCAAUGCACUCAUCAACACAACUCGUGAUUUUGCUUUAAUAUAUGUUCCUUGAUUAACAUUGGUACUUUUUAUUACUUGGUUUCGCCAAGAAAAAGAACCCCAUGGAAAUUGUUCAACUGGCAUCCAUUGUUAGCGCUCUUUUUGUUUGUUCAUUUUGUUACAUGCAUGCUUUACUUAUAUCAUUUUCAAGCACAAUCUAUCAGCUGUAACUUUGAAGCGGGUAAGCCCCUUAUCGUGCACCUCGUGGCUUUUCAAGGGAAGGAUAAGUGUGUGUUGUUGACUGCUUUCUCCCCACUCACUGUUGGGACAGCCUCUCUCUUUCACCCUGGGGCUCAACUGUGUUUACACAAUGCAGUAGUUGAUGUACAGUGUUGAUGUGUCGAUCAAUCAGCAUGAGCUUGUCUUGCCUUUCUCUUAUCUUUUCUUUAUUAUUUAGACUGUUGACGUGUCUAAUGAGUAAUGACAGUUGGGGUCCCAGCACAAAAUAUUUGUUUAAAUUGCAAAGUUCAUAGGCUACAAAAUGUUGUAAAUGUGUAAUAGCACCAUCAACAACAAGAAAUACACACAUUGUCGUGUGCCUUUGAGAUAGAUUUCUUCCAUUACUGUGGUGAUGAUGCACUUAGACAUAUGGCAAUUAUGGCUGUGCAAUUAAGUCUGGUAGUGAUAGAAACCACUAUCACAAAACACACAAUUCAAUUAUCUAACUACUGAUUGUGUCCUCUUUGUUGGAAGAAUAGUUGCUUCCACUUUCUUUCCACACUCACAACAAAUAUGGAACAGGCUAGUCAACCAGUCUUUCCACCAAAGAGCACCCUGCUACAAGGUCGCCUUUGGCAUUUCAGUCCUUUUGAAGUGAUGGAGAGCUCUUCUACCCCCCAAAACACACACAGAUACACACACACUCUGUUUAAUCUAGUCUAAAACUUUAACACUGUCCUCUUUUGUCAGAGACCACAAACUUCUCCCUCCCACCUUCAUGAGAUUGUUUAAGUAUCACUCUGACAAUUGUCUUGCCUGCAUGCUGCUUUUGUUUUCCAUUGUACAUAUCUGAAUGAUUGUUUUAAUUAUCUGGAGAAUACUGAUUAUUCUAGCUGUACUGUUCUUCCUUGAUUACAUACAUUGUUUUUCAUUUAGCUUUAGAACAAGCAGUAUUCCAGGUGUUGAGGAGCAUUUUGAUUGUUCACAAUCCUGCAUUCUUUAAGUGUAAAACCUGUUGAAUUGUGUUUGUUAAAAAAAAAAAAGAGAAAAAGUAGAAAGUGAACCUGGAUUGUGAUUGGCUGUAUCUUGUUGGUGUUUCCAUAUUUUUUCCUGGCUCCCUCAUCCUCAGGGUUUGCGUCCAGGGCUACUGGAGGAAGGGGACUAGGGGUUGACAACACUCAGUCAAGCGAGUGAUGACACUAACAAGAUACUAAUGGUUUCCUAAGAUGGAAGCAUUCUAAUGCAUAUGACUGCUUAGCAGUUAUUCACUAAUUUAUGUACAACUGAGCCAUUUUUAAUGUCAAGAUAUGGUUAGAAAGUGAUAACCCUUUGACAUUGAGGGUUACUUUGUAUAGGUUUUUUCUAAGACCUGAAUCAUACGCAAGCCCUGACAUCACAUUUUCUCAUGAGUAAUACCUCUCAAUGAUUUGCUGAUUUUACUGCUUGCUAAAUCCCAUGUUAUGUGCUUGAUGUCUCUGCAUAUUUACUUCCUUCUUGAUGUUGUUGUACCCUUUCUAAAGUAGAAGACUAAUGGUGUCUAUAGUAACUACAUGGAUGUACUUUAAACGCGUUAUGAAAACUGAUAAAAAGAUCAGUUAUGUGGUUGUGUUUUAAAAAGACAAGAAAGGAAAUGUCUUACAAUAGCCCUUUUACAGAGUAGAUUGUAAAUGUUGAGUGUAUAACGCUGUACUAUGAUGGUUUUAACGAUGGUCUCAUUUGUAUUUCUGUAUACACUUUGGUGAUCCUGUCACAUCUGGGUUUUAUAAACCACGCAUAUUUUUUUAAACUGUC